CGCGCUCUCGACAGCACUUUGGUGUUUUGCACUUCGCCGUCCCGCCGGGUGAUCUCUAGCAUCCCGCAAGAUGACAAUUAACACCCUGGCUAAAGGAGGUCUGCAGCCGGAGCAAAUGUCAUGCUUUCGGAAGAUGGAGAAAGUGCUCGUGGCCAUGCAGGACCCUGACAUGGGCAUGAAGAUGAGAAAUCAGAGGCUCCUCAUCACUGUCAUCCCACACGCCAUGACAGGCCACGAUAUAAUUACCUGGCUGAUUCAGAAAUACCACAUCUGUGAGGAGGAGGCCCUGCAUCUUGGUGAGAUGCUGGUCAAAUACGGAUACAUCUACCCUCUCAAAGAGCCCCGCUGCCUGGUGUUACGACCCGACGAGUCGCCUUACCGCUUCCAGACUCCUUAUUUCUGGACAAGUACCCGCUGGCCCGCCUCAGAGCUGGACUAUGCGAUCUACUUGGCUAAAAAGAACAUCAGAAAACAAGGAGAACUGAUGGAAUAUGAAAAGGAGAGGUACAGUCUGUUGCACAAGCGGAUCAACCACACCUGGGACUUUGUGGUGAUGCAAGCCAGAGAGCAACUGAGGGCCUCCAAACAGAGGAGGAAGGCCGACCGAAUUGUCCUAGAAUGUCAGGAGCAGGCAUACUGGCUCAUCAACAGGCCGCCGCCCGGGGUGCAGAACAUGUUGGACUGGGGUCUGGAGCGACCAAACAACUCCAGCACACGAGUCCCUCUGAACAGCGACUACUACAAAAGCGAGAUUGAAACAUCCAGACGAGCCCUCGGAAGAAACCGAGUAAAGUCCUCUGUCUGCCUCGAAGGCUUUGUCAAGUACAGCGAGCAGUACCAGAACCACGAUCCCAUAAUGCAGGGCUGCCUUCCCAGUAACCCCUGGAUCUCUGAUGACAUUGCAUACUGGACGAUGAACUCAGAAAUAGUGCCCGUUCCCACUCGUCUUCGCGUGGAGCGCUGGAGCUUCAGCUUCAUGGAGCUGCUGUCCGACGCCAUGGGGAGGCGGGAGUUCAUGACCUACCUGGAGAAAGAGUUCAGCGCGGAGAACCUGCACUUCUGGCAGGCGUGUGAGGAAAUUAGACACGGAGAAAGUUCCAAGAUCAUAGAGAAAGUGGAGGAUGUUUACAAAAACUUCCUGGCCCCUGGAGCGGCCCGUUGGGUCAACAUCGACAGCAAGACGAUGGAUAAAACCUUAGAGGGGAUCAAACGGCCGCAUCGCUUCGUCAUGGACGACGCACAGAUGCACAUCUACUUCCUCAUGAAGAAGGAUUCUUACCCCAGGUAUCUGAAAUCUGACCUGUACAAAAACAUGCUGGCUAAAGCCGUCGUCCCCCAGGAGACCAAGAAAAGCGUGUUCCCCUUCAUGAGGCGCCAGCGGCACUCCAGCCCCUCCCCGGCUCAGGCCGGCGCCCAGGCUGUGGAGGAAGACGGCCGAGCAGGUACCAACUCCGCAGCGGGCUCCCACUUCUGAUCCGGGGUUUCCCCUCAGAACAUUACUCCAGCCUACAUCUUCUCCAUCGUUCACCACGGCAACCAACCAUGGAUUAAUUCUCUUC